AUGACCAAUAUGGAAAAAAGCCACAAUAAAAGGACUUGCUAUAAGAAUCUUCCCUUCAAAACAAAAAUAAAAAAUAGGAAGCCUGAGCAAACUAUUGAAACAAGUGAAGCUGGUCCCAGUACAAGAACAAGGCGAGCUAAGCCCGCUAAAGUUGUGCAGAAAGGAAAAUGGAAGAGAAAGGACACCAAUGCAGCUGGGAGUUCAAUUGUACCACCAAGUGAUUCAGCUGCUCCAUCAUCAACAUUUGCUUAUUCUGCAUCAAUUGAAGCUUUAACUGGAAAUUAUUAUGUAUUAAGGAAACAACCUGUGGUGCUGGGAGUAUCAGACCUGAGCAAGGAAUUAUGA